GGGGCCUUGGGGUGUCACCUGGUUAAGGAAAGCAGACUCAUAUAGACUACUGCCAACACCUACGGGUGCGCUACACUUGGGGGCUCGUCCAGGAUUACUAGCUUUCUACGCCCAGUCUCCCUCUAACCAGCAAGAUGGAGCCAAGUGAUGUUACUAAAUGGUGCCAGGCAGCGGGUGUGGAUCCUUCCCAUUGUACUGCUUUACUAUUGCCUGUCACAAAAUUCUCAUCAGAGCAGAUCUACAGACUGUUAGACCGUCUAGCACCACAAAACAGAUGCUGCAUUGUAAAGCUGCAAAGAGAGGAGCACAUGGGGCAUCUCCAGGUGUUACUGCAGUGGGAUUGCCAAGUCACUUCUCUUGAUGUAACUGACACAGUUGAGCUGGGUGAUGAAGGUAACAAAGCUCAGAUUGUGCGACCUGAAAUUGCCCAUGCUGAGUACCAAGCUGUGGAAAGUCCAGCUGCACCAGAAGUGCCACCUGCCCCAUCACCUGUAGCUAUGAUUGGGCCCGAGUUCUUUACAGCCAUGGGAGAAUUCAUGGCUAAGUGUAAUCAGGGUAAUGGUGCCCAUAUUGGUGCAGGCUACCGAAAACUGGAGAUCUUCUCAGGGGUACAACCAUUGCCCAUGGGUGAAGAGGAAUAUGAAGUAUGGAUGGAUCAGGCAUUGCAGGCCCUUGAUGAGUGGGACAUACCAGAGGCACAAAAGAAGCAGCGAAUAGCAGAGAGCCUGAGAGGUGCUGCAUCUGAAGCAAUAAGGAAUUUAAAGCUGAGUCAGCAAGAUUGCACGGCAUAUGAUUACCUCGCUGCCCUUCAAACAGUGUUUGGCAGAGUUGAGAAUGUAGAGGAUCUCCACUACCAGUUGAAGCACACUUACCAGUGGGAGGGAGAAAAAUUAUCUAAUUACAUCCGACGCCUUGAUAAGAUUAUUCACCAAAUCUUACUAAAGAAAGGCAUAGACUCUAAAGAAGUGGAUCAAGUGAGAGUGAAGCAAAUCCUCCAAGGGGCUCAGCCACUAGACCCUAUUGUGAUCAAAUUGAGAACCCGAGGAGCUGGGGGAACCACCCGCUACAUUGAUCUGAUCAAGUGGGUUCGGGAAGAAGAAGCCACGCUAGCAGCUAAGGGAGCUGUGGCAGACCCGGUGACCAAGCUUAUCGCUGGAGUUGGGUUGGUAAAUGCUGUGGACACCAACCAAAGGAUCGCCCAGUUAGAACAGACAGUCAACAAGCUGGCUGAGCUAAUGACAAAGGUGGUCUCACAAUCGGGCAUGCCUCAAGUACAAAAAGAGCUUAAUACAGAAGUCCCAGUGGGACCAGCUGAACAGCCCAAUGUUUCCCAAGACAGGAGGUUAACUGGCCCAGCUAUUUGUUACUGUUGUGGAGGGGAAGGUCACUUCCAGAGAGAGUGCACCUCAAAAGGAAGAGCAAGCAAGCCACCACCAAAAGCAGCAGGGAAGCUUCAGGGGCCCUCAAUGAAGAGCCCACUCAAGAGUUGCUCACACCGGAUCCAGAAAAGCAGUAAAGUGCCCAAGUCUGUGCAGAUUGCAAAAAGUCAACCCCUGCCUGUCAGACACAAUCAAAGUCAUAUGGACAGGCUAAAGAGAGGGCCUGAACCCAAGUUACCGAAGGGCUUGGUGGGUCCAUCACCUAUUGUCCCUGUACAGAUUGAAGGCAUCUAUGCUGAAGCCCUUCUAGAUACUGGUGCUCAAGUGACCCUCCUGUAUGAAGAUUUCUACAGGAAAUACUUAAAGCACAUACCCCUGGAAACCCUGGACAAACAGUUAGAGAUUUGGGGCCUAAGUGAUAAGAAGUUGCCUUAUCAGGGUUUCCUUUCAGUCAAAGUGGAAUUCUCCCAGAAAGUAGCAGGGAUGGCAGAACCCAUGGAGACACUGGCGGUGGUGUGCAACCGACCCCCUGGGGCUGGGAAGAAUGCCUUGGUAGUGGGAACCAACACAGCUGUUGUACGGAGACUCCUUGACCACCUGGUGACAACAAAGGAGGCAUCCAUUGUCCCAGUUCACCCACUGCUACAGCCAACCCUAAAGUCACUGGUGCAGGAGGCAAAUGUUCCAGCUGAUGGGAUCGGAAAUGUAUGGUAUUUGAACAGACAAAAGAUAGUAGUUGCUCCAGGGAAGAUCACUUGUAUGCGAGCCAAGGUGAAGAUGAACUGUGAGAACCCUGGAUCCCAUGUAAUGCUUGAAAGUGACCUUGAAUUGAAACUGCCAUGGGGGGUAGAUCUGCUUCCAGAAGCUAUCCCAGUAGAACAACUGAAAAAGAAUGGAGGCAUGGUGAAAGUGGGGUUGAGAAAUGCCACAAGUCAGCCAGCAGUAAUUCAGCCCCGCACACUGGUGGGAAAAGUUUAUGCUGCCUCCCCAGUACUGGCAUCCCAUCUUAAAACUGAGGAAGGAACCACAGACAAAUGGGCCUCAUUGGAAAACUCUCCCAUCACAAAGGAAUGGAAGUCACGGAUGACGGGACAUUUGGAGCAAAGGAAAGAGAUGUUCUCCAAAGAUGACUUCGAUGUGGGUUGUGCAACCAGCACUCAGCACAGAAUACGGCUCCGGGAGGAUAAACCAUUCCGAGAAAGGUCCCGCAGACUAGCUCCUGGGGAUAUAGAGGACCUACGAAAGCUUCUGGAAGAGUUGAAGACCACAGGAAUUCUCAGAGAGUCCCGAAGCCCCUAUGCAUCGCCAAUUGUGGUGGUGCGUAAAAAGAAUGGGUCCAUUAGGAUGUGUGUGGACUAUAGAACUCUAAAUCAGCGCACCAUCCCUGAUCAAUAUACCACUCCCAGGGUGGAAGAUGUCCUGCACUGCUUAGUUGGAAGUAAGUGGUUCAGCGUUCUGGACUUAAAAAGUGGAUACCACCAGAUCCCAAUGCAUCCAGAUGAUCGUGAGAAGACAGCAUUUAUCUGCCCUUUGGGGUUCCUAGAAUGGACAAGAAUGCCUCCAGGACUUAGCGGAGCCCCUGCCACCUUCCAAAGGCUGAUGGAAAACACAGUAGGAGACAUGCAUCUCAUAGAGGUAGUGGUGUACCUCGAUGACAUUAUUGUCUUUGGGAAGACUCUUGAGGAACAUGAAGAGAGACUACUUAAGGUGCUGGAUAGGCUAAAGAAAGAAGGGUUGAAGCUGUCACCAGAAAAAUGCCAGUUUUGUUUACCCUCGGUCACCUAUCUAGGCCAUGUGGUAUCAGCUGAGGGAGUAUCCACUGACCCCAGCAAGAUUGAAGCAGUCACUUCUUGGCCCCGACCCCGCACCAUUACUGAACUCAGAUCAUUCCUGGGAUUCUGUGGGUAUUACCGCAGAUUUGUGAGAGGAUUUGCUAAAGUUGCAUGGCCACUGAAUCAGCUUCUUCAAAGUGAUACAGAAGAAGAGGAGGACAUAGAGAACUAUUCUAACAAGUCCAAAGGUCAAAGAAAAGCAAAAGAACCAGUUGAGGACAGGUGGGAUGAGGACUGCGAAAAGGCAUUUCAGCAACUGAAGGACUGCCUGACCAAUGCUCCAGUCCUGGCAUACGCAGACCCAACCCAGCCUUAUGUCCUUCAUGUUGAUGCCAGCCGUGAAGGACUCGGAGGUGUCCUUUAUCAGCAGCAUGAAGGAGAGUUGCGACCAAUUGCCUAUAUCAGCAGAAGCUUGUCACCUACAGAGAGAAAUUACCCAGCCCACAAGUUGGAGUUCCUUGCACUGAAGUGGGCUGUCGUUGAUAAACUCCACGAUUACCUGUAUGGGGCUGAAUUUGACGUGCAUACAGACAACAACCCGCUCACUUAUAUCAACACCUCCGCCAAGUUGGAUGCCACAGGACACCGGUGGCUGGCUGCACUUGCAAAUUACAACUUCAGUCUACGAUAUCGGCCUGGCCGUAGCAAUGGGGAUGCAGAUGGGUUGUCCCGAAGACCACAUGACAGUUUGCACCCAGAAGAUGAAUGGGUUGAAAUACCAGCCCCUGGUGUAAGAGCUCAAUGCCAGGGUGUACACUGUCGUCAGGCAGGAUCCAGUGUGGCUGAAGCUUUGGGGAUAUCGACAGCUGGGAUCCCAAAGUUGUACUGCAGUGUUGUGACAGUGGACACUGCUGCCCUGCCUUCCCUCAGUUUAGAUGACCUGAGGAGGGAUCAGAAGGAGGAUCCACUUUGUCGUCUGGCUCUGGAGGCACUGCGACAAAAGAAGCCAGAGUUGUUAAAAACAGAUGAACACCCAAAUGCUAGGACUCUGGCCCGGGAAUGGGAAAGGCUCAGCCUGCGGAAUGCUCUGGUAUAUAGAAGAGCUCCUAACUUUGCAGGAUGUGAGAAAUGGCAACUUCUACUACCCCAUAAACACAAGGACUCUGUAUAUGGUCAGCUGCAUGACAACCAUGGACAUCUUGGUGUAGAGAAGACUCUAGGGUUAGUAAGAGAUCGAUUUUACUGGCCUGGGUUCAAGCAAGACGUGGAGGGCUAUUGCAGUACUUGUUUCCGAUGCCUCCAGCGUAAAUCCCUGCCCACUAGAGCUGCGCCAAUGGGACACCUUGAAAGCCGACCAAUGGACUUAGUCUGCAUAGACUUUUUAUCUAUAGAACCGGAUGAGGGGGGAGUGAAGAAUGUUCUGGUGGUCACUGAUCAUUUCACCAGAUAUGCUCAGGCUUACCCCACAAAAGACCAAAGGGCAAUUACUGUGGCCAAAUUCCUAGUGGAGAAGUUUUUCAUCCAUUAUGGGUUGCCUAAGCGGAUACACUCUGACCAGGGCAGAGAUUUUGAAAGCCGGCUCAUAAAAGAACUGUUAACCCUUCUUGGAGUGCAGAAGUCCAGGACCACCCCAUAUCACCCACAAGGUGACCCUCAGCCAGAACGGUUCAACAGAACCCUGCUUAACAUGCUGGGGACUUUGGCUGAAGAAAAAAAGGCACAAUGGAGCAGGUAUAUAGCAGCUGUUGUCCACGCCUAUAAUAGUACCAGAAAUGACACCACAGGAUUUUCCCCAUAUUUCUUAAUGUUUGGAAGGGAAGCCCGAUUGCCAGUUGAUGUUGUUUUUGGGGUAACAGCGGAUGACACUCCAGUAACAUCACACCAAGGGUACAUUGAGCGCCUCAAGCACAACUUACAAAAAGCAUAUGAACAGGCACAGGCUGCUGCGGGAAAUAGACAAGACCAGAAUAAAAAGCAAUAUGACCGAAGUAUGAAGUUCCAUGAUCUGCAGCCUGGUGACCGGGUGCUGUUACGGAAUUUGGGUAUUCCUGGGAAGCAUAAGUUGGCCAACCGCUGGGGAUCCCAGCCUUACAUUGUUUGUACGCAGCUACCUAACAUCCCAGUAUAUCAGAUACGGCCUGAGGGGAGAACCGGGCCCAUCAAGACUUGGCACCGCAACCACCUUAUGCCAAUAGGUGAAAAAGUUAGGGUGUUGAAGCUUCCAGAUGCAAAACCCACUACCAAUCGGCCUAGGUGUUCUAGGAGACAGCAAGGCCUUCCAGCUGAGAUGCCACCAGCAGACGUCAAAGAAACAGAAGUUUCAGAGGACAAUGAGAGUGAUGAUGACUGGGGUCUGGAUUAUUUCUUCACAGAUCAGAAUAAAGAAUGUAGCCCCAGUUUUGGUUCAGAGGUUUCCAGCAAUCUAAGUGUGGAUGCUAAUGAGUUUAUUCCCAAUGCUGCAAUUACACCCGAACCAAGAUCAGAUGAGACAUCACAGCAGGGGCAGCUGGAGACAGUGGUCACAGCUAACAUGGAGGAAAUUUUUCCUGUACCAACUCCAGAGACCAGGGAUUGUACUGAGACUCUUGAAAGGCCCUGCAGGCCACACCGAACAGUUAGACCUCCUCAGAGACUGACAUAUGAUAUCCUGGGAACAAGUCACAAUCAGAUGGUGCCCACUGUUCGAAAGGCUACCAUCGCCCAUGUUCCCUGUGUUCUGAUGCCCAAUGGUGACACCCCAGCCCAUAAAACAUACAAAAAUGGUAUGCCAUGGUGGAAAAGAUUGUUCAGUAAAUGAGAUGUUUCUGUUUCACUGUAUAUUUUUAUGUUAACAUGUAUAUUGCCAUGCUUUAUUCUCUGUCUGCAUAUUGAUACAUAUGUUCCGAAAUGCUGUCACGAGGACGUGACAUUUAUAAAGAGGGGGGUGAGUGUAGCACACUUAAUGUUUGCACCUGUAAGACUGCUGGGUAAUGUAGUCCCCCUCGUGCCUUCCACUACAGUACAGAGGAACUAGUUAAUGCUUCAGACUGCAGGAAGGAAGGGAUUUUCUGUGCCCUGCCCUCUCAGCCAGGAACAGGAAGAGGAACGAGGGCCUGGAACAGGAGGAGGAGAGACCAGCCAGCAUGGAGAGAUGUGCUGAGAGAUCUAGAGACUGGGUUUGUGUUCCAGCCUGCUGAGUGACCAGCCAGAGAGAGAGAGACUGCUUUUAACCUGCAAGGGGAGAACACUGCAGUG